UGGAUCCUGAUUGGCUUUCGUCGUGAGUUCAGAGGUUAGCUUGUUAUGUAGCCUUGUAGCCGAGAGAGACGUGUGUUAUCUGCUCACUUUGCUUACAGUGGUUGUUAUUUCACCCUAAUGUGACCGUCGAUAACUUACUUAACGUGCACAAAUGCGUCGUCGCUUAUGUUUUCGACAUGUUAUGUACACUCGUGCGCGUGCUUUGACCGCUAACGACCUGCACAUGCUAGCUCGGUAGCUAGCUGAGCUAGCUAACUUCAGACAAGUGUUUCACCUAAAUGACAUAUAUGAUUAAAAGCUGACCUCUUAGGUACAGCCAGCUGAGGGUACGAUUUCAAUGGGUUCUGUCAGAGCAAUGGCUUCAACGAGGCUCCUGUGCUUGUUCAACGCGAAAGCUGCAGGCUCGACCAAAACAUUAGCCAGGGCAGGUUGGAGGAGUGUGUGCUCCAGGAGGAAUGUCUGCAGUUCACCUUCAAGACUACAGAGCUGCAUGUCAGCGUGGGUCAUUGAUCAGUAUGGCACAAAUGAGGUUUUAAAGUACUCAGAAGACACCAACGUCCCCACUGUUAAUUCUCCCAGUGAGGUGAUGAUUAAGGUCCAUGCGGCUAGUCUCAACCCCCUUGAUAUAUCUAUGAGGGGUGGUUACGGAGCCAGCCUGCUUAAAUUAAGAAGGGAUCCAAUGUCUGUGAUGGACAAUGAUAGUGAGUUCCCUUUGAUUUUGGGUCGUGACGUGUCUGGUGUAGUGGUGGACUGUGGAUCCGAGGUUACCCAUUUUGUUCCAGGAGAUGAGGUGUGGGCUGCUGUUCCCCCAUGGAAACAAGGCAGUCUGGCCGAAUUUGUUACUCUAACAGAGUAUGAGGUUUCCCAUAAGCCAAAAUCAUUGAGUCACACAGAAGCUGCAUCCAUCCCUUACGUAGCCAACACUGCCUUGUCUGCGCUUGUCAAUGCAGGAGGUCUUUGCAGGGACAGCUCUUCAAAUAAAAGAGUUUUGAUCACUGGAGGGUCGGGAGGUGUUGGAACAUUCUCUAUUCAGUUAUUAAAGGCCUGGGGCGCCCACGUAACUGUUACCUGCUCUCAGAACGCAGAGGGCCUUGUUAGAGGGCUGGGGGCCGAUGAGGUGGUGGACUACACAGCAGGAGAUGCAGCUGAGCAGCUAGAAAUGAUGGAGAAGUUUGACAUGAUUUUGGACAACGUGGGAGGGGAAAUGGAGCAGUUGGCGAUGGGCCUGCUGAAACCCUGGUCUGGGGCGAAGUACGUCACACUGGUCACGCCGUUACUCCUCAACACUGAUUCCAUGGGCCUGCUGGACGGGACCUUUCAUGCUGGAUUCACCCUGCACAGCAAGGCCAUACAGAACCUGAUCUCAAAUGGAGUCUUCUACAGGUGGGGAUUUUAUGCUCCAGAUGGCCCUGCCCUGGAUGAGGUCAGCAGCCUGGUGGAUGCUGGGAAGAUCCUGCCAGUGGUGGAGGCCCAGUUUCCAUUCACCCAGGUGCCUCAGGCUUUUCAGAAGCUGGAGGACGGCCACGCCAGAGGGAAGACGGUCGUCAGGGUGGCUGAAGAGGACGACAGACAGGCCGAAGGGUUGGUGCAGGAAACUGCAGAGGUGGAGCAAGAAGUGCAAGAAACAGCCAAGCAGCACUAGAGACAAUGAGCUGAGUGCUGUGAUUCCUCUCCGUACUUCAAGACGGCUCUUGACAGCAGCAAGACUGUAUUAUUCAAAGAGAUCAGAGAUCAGACUACAAGCGUGACCUGAGCUUCUAAUGAGAGCCGAGUGUUUCUUUAAAGCUUUCAUGCUUGUGUCCUGUCUUCGUUUUUACAAGCUGUUUGAGUUAUGCUGUGUUCAUGUUGUGGCAAGGUUAUUAUAAUUACCAACCACAGACCAGUAAAUACCAUUAAGGUCGCCACCCAGCUGGUAAUUACAACCAGGCAGCUUGCUGGUAGCCCUCUGGUUGCUGUAAUCUAUCCAACAAUGAGUUACAUAACACAAAAUGUUUAUUACUGUCAGCUGGAAAUGUUUGCAGUCACGUGAUUAAGAUGACAUGAGAGUCAGAUGGAGGGGGAGAUGAAAAGCAGACUGCACAAAAUGGAGGAAAGUUUGUCAUUGUUGUGCGUUGUUCAGUUACAGGAGUCAAAACUCCAGCAAAGGAAACAAAUAAAAGCAAAACUUGAAUGUU